UCGACCAUCAAUCAACAACACGUACAGAACAGCUCUGUUUUUGGGUUAAAGAGAAGAGAAACAUUGGAUGUGGCUAUUUGGGUUCUCGACAACGAACCCGCGAGGCCUGUGGAUGCUGGGGGCGAUCGUGAUGGUGGUGGCGGUGACGAUGGUGCUGCGGUGGGUCGGGGAGUACAUGGAGAAGCAGGCGGUGCGGCGGGAGCACCUGGCGGAGAUGGAGCGGCAGCACCGCUACCACAAGAAGAAGGCGAUGAUGCGGAUGUGGAGCUCCGGCGGCGGCGUACGGACCUAUUCGUUGGACGAGCUGAAGCUGGCGACGAGGGAUUUCCGGAUCCGGAUCGGGGUCGGGGCGACGUCGUACGUCUACUUGGCGGAGCUCGGGGAUGGGAAGUUCGGGGCGGUGAAGCGGGUAAUGGAUGACCGGGGCGGCAGCCGGAAGAUCUUCCUCGACGAGGUCUCCGUCCUCCUCCGCAUCUCCCACCCGAACUUGGUCGCUUUAUUGGGCUUCUGCUUUGAAAAAGGGGAACAACUUCUCCUCCUGGAGUACGUGAACAAGAGCCUGUUCGACCGGAUGCACACCGCCGCCGGCCAAUCCGGCGGCGGGAUCCUGAGCUGGUCGAACCGGGUCAACAUCGCGCUCGACAUCGCCCGGGCCCUCGACUACCUCCACUCCCAAGCCGACCCGGCCAUCAUCCACCGCGACGUCAAGUCCUCCAACGUCCUCCUCAUCGACAACGACCACGCCAAGCUCGCCGACUUCGGCCUCUGCAAGCUCGGGUGCGACAUGCAGGCGGCCGACCACCGGCGCCGCCCCAGCACCCCGAUCAAGGGCUCCGUCGGCUACGUGGACGCCAACUACCUGAACACGGGCCUCGUCUCCCCCAAGAGCGACGUCUACAGCUUCGGCGUCCUCCUCCUCGAGCUCAUCACCGGCCUCAAGGCCGUCCAGGGCUCCUUCACGCUCCCCGAGUGGACCGCCGACGCCCGCGGCGCCCUCAACGCGGACGACGGCGGGGAGGCGCUCCGGAAGCUGCUGGACCCGAGCCUGAAAGGGAGCGCGGACUGGGAGCAGGUUCGGGCGAUGGUCCACGUGGCGAACCUUGCACUGCUGGAGAAUUACGAGGCCAGGCCCGAGAUGUGCCACGUGGUCGACAUGAUAGUUAGCGUUUUUGAACAUGAUGAAUCCAUGCCGCAGCCUUAUAAGCAUGUCUGACUAGCUUUAAUUAACUAAUUAACUAACU